AAUUUUAUCACUUUUUAUCACCAGAAUCAAAAAUAUUGUUCUUACUUCUUUCCUUCUUCGAAAUUGAAAGUGAAUUCGGGUUUCUUCUAUUGUUGGGAGGAUAAUGUAAAAAUGUGAUGCAUACAUUGCAAAUUUUUCACGAAAGAAGGAUCUUCCGAAUGUUAGAAUUAUAUAAAUAAGCUGGAAACAUGCAUUCCGACGAUUACAGAAGACUUCAAGAAGAAAGAUUUUCGAAUAAUGACGGAGCAUCGUUCUUGGAGAUUUUUUUACUGAGUCAAUUACCAUUUGUGCUUUCUUUAUUUUCAACCACUGUUACAUCCAAGAUUCGUGGAUCAUAUUCAAUCAAUAAUCUAAGUCUUGAAUUUGCGUCCAUUUAUAUUCCUCAAAUUCUAUUACUAACGACUUUGUCGGAGUACUUGAACUUAUUUUACAUACUACUUUGUUUCGUUAGUUGUACAGCUUUGUUAUGCUUAUACUCAACGAUGAACGUCAAAAAUGCUCGUUGGAUAUUGAAACAUGUUACCGUGGAGGAUUCCAAGUUACCAUGCAUUACUAGUUUUCGAUCGAUAGUCAACUCGUUUUCCAUUAUUUGCAUUUUGGCUGCUGAUUUUAAAUGCUUCCCGGAGAGAUACUUGAAAACCGAAAUUUAUGGAUAUGGUUUAAUGGACACUGGCGUUGGACUCUAUGUGAUAUCUAAUGCUUUCACUAAUUCUCAUUUCACGAAACAAACUACCAAAGAAAAGGUGAAAAUUUUUCCAUUUAUACUGUCUACACUGAAGAAAGUAAUGCCUCUGCUCAUAAUCGGUGUGGGCAGAUACAUUGCCACUGCUGCUGUUCAGUAUCACCAGAAUGUUUCCGAGUACGGAGUGCAUUGGAAUUUUUUCAUUUCUUUGUCGGUUUUGGCAAUCUUGAACGAGCUUCUUAUUUUGUUCGUAAAUAGAAUAAACACGGUGUAUGUGCUAAUUGUAAUUUCAUUGUCCUUACACGAAUUCAUGUUGUAUGCUGGAGUGAAAUCUUGGGUAAACGAUGACCCUUCUCGAGUUGGAUUUCUUGCCAGUAACAAAGAAGGUAUUUGUUCUCUUCUAGGCUACGAGGUGAUUUACCUCUGCGGUAUUGUUAUUAAACAUUAUUUACCUCGAAAAGGAGAUAAGUUUGAAAAAUAUUUUUCUUCUAUGUACAAAUUCUUAAUAGCAUUUAUAGUUUGUACUAUUUUUACAAUGUUGUCAGAAUAUACCUUCGGUGUAUCUAGAAAAUUUGCCAAUUGCGGCUAUAUUUUUUGGAUCAUCAGUCUUAGUUUAAUAAGUUUGAUCCAUGGUGUAUCGCAGGAAUUCAUUUUGUACAUAUUUAACGUUACUUCACUAAAAAAUGAGAAACAUGUCUCAGUCAUUCCUUUAAUCAUGGAAGCUAUCAAUUAUAACGGUCUAGUUUUUUUUCUAGCUGGAAAUUUGUUAACUGGCGUUAUUAAUAUUUGUGUACCUACUUUAACUGUAAAUUCUACAAAUGGUGUAUUAAUUCUAAUUUUUUAUAUGUCCUUAUGUUGUUAUUCAGUGAUAUGUUUAUAUAAAAAGAAUAUACGUUUAAGAUAGUAA